CCUGAGCAACGUGGAGUCCAGCUUGCCCAGGUGUGACUUGAAGCAAGUGCCUGGUGAAUCCCACUCGACAUCAAGAAGCCCGACACCAGCUUCCACCACCGCCAAUCGUGCCUUCGCGAGCACACGAAGCCAAGGGCAUCACGAAUUCGACUACUGCUGCGCAGACCGUCGAUCGAAUUGAGCUCGUUGCGGUAUUAUUGACACGGCAGAGCCUCCGUCGCCGCCCACGCCGUGACGCUGCAUCCGCAGUAGCACCCCAGACUUCGACGCCCAAGCUCGACUUUCCGUUCUCCAUUCACCAUGAAGCUCCCUACCGUCGUGGCUGCGUGCCUCUCUUUCCUCGCACACGGCGUGGCCUCAGAAUCUGCGACAACAUCAAGAUUGACACUCCCAGUCAACUUCAAACCGCCGCAGGUCUUCAAGAACACGAAUGCGGUCCACCUCAUUUCUCUCGAGAAAAGUUAUGCCAAGGAGACAGUCAAUGUAGUCAUCGAGAAUAUCUCUCCCAAGCCACAGCAGGAAUAUUAUGUUCCUUUCACAAGCAACCGUCUGGCUCAUGUUGGCGGCUUCGAGGUGAAGGACAAGAAAGAUGACGCGCUCGUUGGAUUCGAGGUGGAGGCGGUCGAGUUCGACCCCACGAGCGAUGUCCAGUACUUCCGAAUCCGCCUUCCUGUCCCUCUUGCCUCGAAGGCGCAGCAGACCCUCGGUAUUUCGUAUUAUGUCCUCGACUCUCUCAAGCCAAUGCCUGCCUCCAUUGGCCAGGCCGACAAGCAAUAUCUUGCCUACGACUUCUCGGCCUACUACCACUCUGCUUACCCGACACUGAAGCAGAAGACAGAGGUCAAGCUUCCCGGAUCCGACGCUCCCGACUUUACUAAGGUUUCUGCUGGAGCAAAAGAGUUCCCCACGAAGCAGGGCUCGAAGCUCACAUACGGCCCGUUCGAGACGGAGAUUCCCGCUGGUGUGAUCUCCCCUUCCAGGGUCCGCUACGAGUUCACACAUCCGGUCGUCUACUUUGCCGAGCUCGAGCGCGACAUUGAAGUCAGCCAUUGGGGUGGCAACGUAGCUUUCGAGGAGCGCUACACCAUGUACAACCACGGCGCCAACCUGACCACCCUCUUCAACCGUGUCAAGUGGGCUCAGUCGCAAUACUUCAACCCUCAAACUUUUGCCCUCAAGGAGAUGAAAUUCCCCCUACGGGUGGGAAGCGAGGAUGCUUAUUUCACCGACGUCAUUGGUAACGUCUCGACAUCGAGGUUUAGGAGCAGCCUGCGCGAAGCCGUGCUUGAGAUCAAGCCUCGCUACCCGGUCUUUGGCGGCUGGAAGUAUCCGUUCACUGUGGGCUGGAACGCGGCAGCUAAGAACUUCCUCAAGCGAGCCAGUGGUGACACAUACGUUCUGAACGUGCCGUUCCUGGAGGGCCCGAAGCUGGGCGAGGGUGCUCAAUAUGAGACAACAACCGUGCGGGUCCUCUUGCCAGAGGGAGCAGAGAAAGUCAAGUACUUCGCCAAGAUCCCAUCGGACUCCAUCACAUCUGCCGUUAUUGACGUGCAGAAGACCUAUCUCGACACAGUCGGCCGCACAGUUGUUACCAUCAAGUCGAGAAAUUUGGUGGACGACAUGCGCGGCCGUGACCUCGUCAUCUCCUACGACUACAGCUUCCUCGCUAGCCUCCGCAAGCCGCUGGUCAUCUUUGCAAGCACACUUUCGGUGUUUGUCGGCGUCUGGGCCAUCUCCCAGGUCGACGUCAAAUUUUCCACUAAGUAAGAGCAUUGGGAAACGCAGGAUUGCAUCACGAAGGGGAGACGAAGAGCGAUCGUCAAGGGACGACAUGGUAUGGUCCAUAGACACAAAAGGGUGAACUGGCCGGAUGAUACCACGCAUUGGCAGACGUAACAAGAAAAUGCAAGAUAAGCAAAAUAAAUCUUUACAGCCAUGAAGAAGUUGCUGCCCAGGACGACGGUACCUCCAAACGUAGUGCAUGCAUGCAACCAGGACAUUCCUCUGAGCGCGAGCUCGUCAUGGGACUGGGCGACUUGGUCUCGAGGUUGGAGUCGUGCAGGCGGGCGGGGCGGGGCGCAGCAACAACGGCAGAUGCAAGCUGACGUCGAGACGCUUCACUUAGGAUGGGCACCGCAGACCCCU